AGCAUUGUCCCAUUAGCAAGUGUUUUUCUAAGUGUAAGUGUGUGUGUGCUGGUAUUCACUACUCCAUGCAGACAAAAGUCUUUGCUCAGUCAUGCCAUGGGUGGAGCCUGUGGCCAUCAAUUAGGGAAUCCCCAUAUUAUGAAUGUUGGACCAAUUCUGGUGGGAUCUGUAACGUUUGUAGCAUUGGCCCGUCAGCAAGUGUCUUUGUCAGUGUGUGCAUAUAUUGGUAUUCACCAAAGUAUUCAUCGAGUUACGUGAUGGGGACCUCUUGUGGUGUGGGGCCAUGAAUCAGGAACUCGGCAUCAUGUGAAUGCAGGAGAUAUUCUGAUGGUAUCUGGAAAGUUUUACCAUGAGGCCGGUUUUUCCAUCAGUGUGUGGGAUUUUUUUAUCCAUUACUCUUCGGCCCAGGUGUCCAAAGUCCAGCCCAUGGCCCAUUUGUAGCCCAUUUGUGGUCCACAGUUCAUUGUUCUUGACCCACAACAUCUACCCAUGCAUCCAUUUUCUAUGCCGCUUAUCCUCAUUAGGGUCACGGGGGUAUGCUGGAGCCUAUCACAGCUGAGUUUGGGAUAGAGGUGGGGUACACCCUGGACUGGCCAAUUGCAGGGCACAUAUGGUAAUGGUUUAAUUUUACUUGAACAUGCAUACAAGUUAGAAUGGAAUACAUCACAUAGUUAACGUCGUCAAACUUGGAAUUGACCAAAGUAUUCAUCGAGCUCACAUAGACAAACAAUCACUCACGCUCACAUUCAUACUUAGGGCCAAUUCAGAUAAUUUUGGAAUGUGGGAGGAAACCGGAGUACCAGGAGAAAACCCACGUACGGGGAGAACAUGCAAACUCCACACAGAGAUACCCCGGCGAAGAUUCGAACCCAGGUCUUCCCGAUCUCCUGACUGCAUGGCCAACGUGCUAACCAACCGACAACAUAUUCUAGAAAUAACAUUAAGCAUGGCUCACAUCAGAACAGCACAUUCAAGCCACCGGCCACCCCAAAAUGCAAAAUGCAUGUGUCUUUACUAUCAUUUCUUCACCUCCAUUGGAUUGGUUUUAGCAUGUUUAAGGAAACGGAAAGUGAAGAAUAUUGAAUGGCCCCAGCCCCCUUAGAUUAUUCCAAAUGAAACCACCUGGGGGGGGGAGAUUUACCUAUUGGAUUUAGCUCUUGUGGUGUAGGGACCAUCCACCAUCCAUCCAUACUAUGACUGCAGGUGCUAUUCCUAUUGUAUUUGUGUGGUAUUCGAUUGUCUGUGGGGACAAAAAUCUACAUGGACAUGGGGCUCUCUUACGUCAUAAGAACCGAAAACUAGGCCCCUGUAAGGCAGUAUUCAUUAGGCAGGUUUUUCCCCCAAUGUCCGUGUAAUGAUCAGUAAAGGGCACCUGGAAUUGGUAUUUGCUGGCUGUGCUUCCCGUAGGUUAACUUCCCUCACCUUUCUGACAAGAAAAGGAGAUGAGCUAAAUAAUUACCAAGAUGCCGAAUCACCUACCCAUCAUCCAUCUUUUGUCUCCACGCUUUGCGAUUAGCCCCAAAUCUCUCAAUUAAGAGCCUGCCGCCGUCCCCAUUUGCGCAUGAGUGCGUCAGUGUGCGUUUAAAAGGACCACGCGAUGAGCCCCCAAGUGCCCACCUAAUUGCCCCUGAGGAUUCUGGUUAUUUACGGUUUGGCGUUGUUACGCGGGCAGGCAGAGAAGGACGCAGGGAGAAUGUCGGUCCCUCAUUAAAGGGAAGAAUCGUGGACACAAGCUGAGCGAGUGGACCGCAGUAUUGUCAUUAAAAUACACACACGCACACACGCAACGCAGCCUCUAAUGAACGUGGACAGCGCACCUAUGACACACAGCAUGCCAGUCACACCGAAUGACCGGAUCGUUUUAUUUUGUAUAUGGUGCAAAAUUUUGUCUGUUCAUGUAGAAGAUUUAGGAAGUUAAAGGUCACAUGACCUAAGAGUAACCCAAGCUCGCCAUCUCUCUUCAAGUUCAUCGUUAAAAGAUGUUAAAAUACUUAUGGAUCACCCUUUGGAGGCUUUAACAUACAUGAAAGCUCACCAAAUUUGCAUGUAUUCCAGUAAAAAUUCACACGUUUCCAGGGGCCAUGACUUUGGGGUACCCUUUUCAGCUCCAAGCGUUUGCUCAGACGUGCAUUCUUACUCCCCGUACCAAGUUUGGGACACAUCUGAGUAUUUAGAGUGGAGCUAUGGGAUAGCGUGGUUCAUCUGUGCAACAGAACGUCAUGUGUAUUAUGUAUUUGCUUGUGUACGAUAACUAACUAUGGCUGAAUCGCUGGACGCAGAAAGGUGAAAAUUUCUCCAAGCACGCACCCCGACUUUGUAGCCUGUGCUAUUAUUUUUCUGACAAAUGCACCACAUGGUGGCGCUGUUAUUAAACCCCUUAAGACGGAUGGCCUUGAAAUUUCUCACCCAACUCAAAUACCCACUGCGCCACCAAAUUUGGCACACACCUUUAGCGGACUGACAAGUACAUGUGUGCAAAAUUGAGCAAGGCUGGUGGAAAAACAUGGCUGCCGUCAAGCAAAACGUCUUUGUAAGGAGUACGGGUGGGACUUAGUGACUAAUUAUCCGUAAAUCAUCGAGCAUUUGUCUGAUGACUAUAAAACGUUUUGUAUUUUUUUUAUUCCAAAGCAGUUAGAGCACAACCCACACGGGACGCCACAAAUGCCAUUACGUCAUGGGGUGUGCUCUUUUUUUCACAUGGCUGUAUCCUUGAAGGGGUUGAGGUCGGGGCUCUCAGAGUCUUUCACACUAAACUCAUCCAAGCAGCUCUUUAUGGACCACACUUGGUCUGCAUGGGAGUCUCCAAAACACCAGGGGAACUAAUUCAUUGAUUAUGAGGUGUGUCCCAACAUUUUUGUUUCUAUCAUGAAAUAAUAGCCUGCUUACUGACUUUCUAGUGACUUGUCAUUCCCUUGACGCAGAACUUCUAGGUGCGCGUCUUUAAUUGGACUAGCAAGGCCGCAGUGCUUGUUUUGUGUUUGUCUAUGGGGCGGCUGUAUCAGCCCUUCAUCAGAGUGAGGCGCAUCAGAGACGCCUGGCGGGGGAGGAAAUGAGGAGGGGAGGAGAUGGAUGGGGAGGACGGAGGGAAGCGUUGACAGAAAGUGAGGAAGGGAGGAGGAGAGGCUCAUCUGUAUGCUGCUUCCAGCGUGCUGCUUGUUUGAUUGGGGGUGGGUGCUUAGUGCUGGAUGGAAGGAUGCUGCAAAGUGGCGAAGGCAAAAUUAAGGUCUGUGCUGUAACGGCGUCGCCUUUUCCAGGUAGGCCUCAUUUGACGGAGGAGGGGGGCAAAGGCAAGUCCACAUCCUUUUUUUGCAAAGCAUGCUGGGAAACGUACACGUUUUUUUAAUGGCUUCGCUAAUAGACAGACAACAGGCAUCCCGGGGUGUUUACGGUCGUCUCUCUGCUUAAUGAAGAGUUUUUGAUCAAAUGUGCCUCAUUAGGGCUUAAUGAGCAAGACAAUGCUGAGAAAUCCACCUUCAGGAGGAAAAACGGUGAAGAGGCUUCAUGUCUAGCGAGAGAGACACGGAUUUAGCCGAGUGUUUUGAACUAUGGCUUCUUUAUCAGACCACAACGACUUACAAUUAAUUUUUAAAACAUAACCGGAGGCCCUGCCAAACAUAGGGCAGUAAAUGAUGCAGUGCUUUUUCAACGCAGGCCAGUCAGGGAAGGUGGCUGCAGACGAAAGAAAAUAGCUUGAUGCUGGAAUUUAGACUUUAGACUAUUUAGUGCUUUUAAAAACGUCAUUUUGUGUGUCUGUAGCUUUAAUGCUAAUGAGCUGUGUUUGCCCUGCCCUGUCUCCAGCAAAGUCGGUGUCUCCAAGAAGCGCUAGUGUGUACUUGAUCUACUUUUUACACAUACACUGUCACUCUGCACUUGUCCAACAUAAUGAACGCCAUACAUCACAUACAACAGCAUAGCAUUAAGCAGUGGGACAGGACCAAACAAAUGUUAGCAACACUAGCAUAGCUAUGUGCGCUACAGUGCAAACAUUACAGUCACAUUUUAUCAAUAGCAAAAUCAUGCUAGGUUAGCCUACUCACUGCGGAUAAACAAAAUGAUCAAACUUACAGCUGCCAUGACUGUCGGAUAGCUGGCAGACUUUAUUUUGAGAUGUGUAGCGAAGCCUUCUUUUUUUGUUUUGCAAAGCUGUCCUUGUCUGUGAAGUGGCAGGCACAGACACGAGGCAGCUCAUGUGGAUGAAGCAACCGUUUCGUCGUCUCAUCUCUCAAAAGUGGAGCAAACAAGUGAGGGAGAUGGGAGAUUGUUCUCACGUUCGGUGUUCAAAAACAGGCUCCAGGGCAGGGGCGCCCAAAGCCCGGCCUGCGACUCGUUUAUAUUUGGCUAGUGGGACAUUGUAGAAAUCAAAUUAAACCCUACAAAAAACAUCCAAAAUUGGACAAAUAGAGCAAAAAGGCACAAUAUAAACAGAAAAGGCUGAAAUUAAAUAAAAUAUUUUUUUUAGCCUUUUUACAAAAUAAAAAAAAAAUAAAAAUUUCAAAGUGAUCCCCAUCCCUUCUCGAAGGACACAUGUUACUGUUCGAACAUCGUUAAAUAGUCAACUGUGCUUAAAUAAAAACACAAUUCACAAUUUUAUAAAACACAUUCUUUUACGAUGUGUAGCAAAGCCUACUUUGCUUUUUUUUUUUUCCUUUUUAAACCAGCGCCUUCUCUCCACUUUUCUAAUCCUUCAGCAACGGCAGCGCUUAAAAAAAAAAGGCUUCUGCCAUCCUACCCACCAUCGCCUGUGUCUUCAAACAGCUGCUGGAGUUAUGUAACACCGGAGGAAACAUUAGCAAAUCAGAAAAAAUGUCAGCCAGGAGAACCACAAAGGAAGGAAUGUAGGGAACAUGCGCAAGAACAUCACAAGUAGAAAAAUGGCCAAUUGCAUUGAAGACCUAUGACGGCAUACUUUUCUGUGUGCCCUUGACACCUGACUCUUACAUUUUAGUUUCUGGAAAAGGUCCAAAUAGUUACCUUGGCGUCCAAAAAUUAGUCCACUGGUGUUAAUUGCUUGCAUGAUGAGCAUGAAUCAUUCAGGCGGGUCACGUUGAAGAUUGAACUUUGCUUGGUAAUGAAGGCAAUUUUGUAGGCCGUCGCAAACGCUGUGUUUCCUCUUGACUCCCUGCCGUGCACAUUAGCAGCAUCCCAUAUUCAGCGCUGCUGUUGCUAGGUUGCGUGCACAUACGUGUGUGUGUGUGUGUGUGUGUGUGUGCGUGUGUGCCCGCGUAUAAACGUGUUUUGCUUGACUGCCUCCGUGCAAAGGACGCAAAGUAAGCUCUCCGCCUGUGAAUUAGCUUCCAUAGCAACGGCGGCAGGCAGUGAAGUGAAUGAACGCCGCUCUCCCUUGUGUGAUCUCAAAGUGGGCGCGGGCCAGAUGCCAACUUGUGGUACCCGUGGGCACGCUGGCUCGCUGACGGGCUCAAACAAUAGGGCGGUGUGCUGCUGCAGAGGGUGGGCUGGUAACAUUUGAGCUCUGGUAUGUGGAUGCCAGACAAGGUCAAAAGGCAGAAUUUAGCAUCUUAGGAGACUUAUGUUUUUUUUUUCACAUUUUAUUUGAAAUUUUUUCUGCAUGCGCUUGUGUAAGCUAAAAUCUACUCCUGACCUGCUGCGCACAAAAGGGUGACAAUUUGUCAAAACACAUACCGCUGCCGCGGUGCCUGUGCGAUUCGUUAUCUGACAAAUACACCACAUGGUGGCGCUGUUAAAGCCCGUAAGCCUUGAAAUUUCUCCCGCAGCUCAACUUUAGGCUGUUAGUCGAAUAGCCGCGGAAUUUGGUACACACCAUUAGGGGACUGGCAAGCACUUGUAUGUGAAAUUUGCUCAAGGUUGGUUGAAAAACGUGGCCACCGUCCAGCAAAACGUCUUUUCAGGAGCAUGGACGGGAAAGAAUUUGUCGAUAAGUCACUGACAAUUUAUCUUGUGAUUGUAAAACUUUCAGGAUGUCUGUCUUACCUGUAUGCAGGAAUGUCUUCCAAAGUAUUUUCACCACAACCCAUGGGGGGCGCCACAAAUGUCAUUUACAGACUCUGGAAAAAAUUAAAAAUACCCCAUUUAGGUCACAUUUGUUGAGCCUGUUUGUUGCUAGGCAGAAUUCUCGGGGUAUGCGCUUGUCAGACGCUGUAUCACACUGCAAAGACGACAGACGGACAAAAACUGUCCUACCAAUGAUUGCUACAAUGUAUUACAUUUAAAGUAGCUAUUACAGCACCAUCUGCUGGAGGUGGUGGAUCACUGCCAUUUUUUGCAUCCGCAUUGCUAAUUUUAAUGUUGAAAGAAAGCAAAUUUGACUAUAAACAAGCGUGGCUCGACGUGAACCCCGCACCGCACGCUGAGCGCUGCUGAAUAACCAAAGCCUUCACAGUGCGAAAAGGAAAAAUCCAAACAAACGGCGGCACAGGCGUCACAUGCAGAGACGCCAUGUUGGCUCGGGAUCUGGCGCUCCGAAGGAGUGCGCUCAUGCAGACGGUAUAGUCAGGGACGCGGCUAAUUGCUACUGUUCUCAUGCCUGGAAAACAGGAGGGGGUGGCUUGGGGGGAUGCUAAUGACCUCACUCAUUCUGAUGUCUAUCGGCCGACCAAGCUCCCUCGCUAGCCGGGAUGAGAACACACGCUCACAUCGCAUGGUCACCUGGGGGAAUUUCACAUAGAAUUUGGAUAUCAUCAGUUAUCUGUGUUGUUAGCAUUGAUUAGCAAAGAACUAAUGAGCACCUCUGAUAGUUGCUAGUCUCAUAGAGUCGGUGGGUCCAAAAUUGAGUCAAAAACUAUAAAAACUAAACUAUAACGGACUCUUGUUGAAGUCAUCGGCAGCAUUAAUGCUGAGUGAGAAGCUUGCUCCUCACCACUAUUACAACAUCGGUUGUGUUGCCGCUGUGUUGUGCUGUACACUUGUUCUUAAAUGACCUUGUGGUCAUAGAAAGGUAAGUUGCACUUUACGUUUUCUCAUGUACUCCGAAUGAUUAUUAAAUGACCUUAUAUUUGUUUAGUUUAGUGGGGUCUAAAGUGGAGCCCAUGGGGCCGUUUGCAGGUGUCGGCUGUUUUUUUUAAAAAAAACAACAACAACAACAGAAAAAGUGGAAAAUCUGAAUAAUUUUACAACAAUAAAGUCAAAAUAUUAAGAGAACACAAUUGAAGAAGAAAUUUUGAAAAAGAAAACAACAGAAAUAGAAAAACGAGCUGUAGUUUUGCAAGAAUAAAUAUUUUUUUUAAGUUGUAUUCCAAACGACAAAAUGUGAUAAUAUUACGGGAAUAACCUCGUAAUAGUAUGAGGAAAAAUAACAUCAUUUUCGUAGUUUAAAGUGGUAAAAUUAAAGUGGAAACAAACAAAACGAUGAAUAAAGUUGUAUUUUUUGGAAAAGCAGGUUGCAGAAAAAUGUUACAAAAAUGAAGUCAAAAUAUUGGCAAUAAAGUCAGAAUUCCAAAAAGAAAAUUUACAAGAAUAAAGUUGAAAUAGUUGGAAUAUUUAAAAACGGCAACAACAUCAGACAUGGAAAACACAGCCGUAGGUUUAGGAGAAUAAAGUCAAAAUGUUAAGAGAAAAAAAAAGUCCUAUUCUAACAAGGAAAAAAAAUACAAUUUUACAAGAAUAAACUCAUAAUAUUAUCAAGAAAAAUAAUAUCAUGUAACUUUUGGAAAAUGAAGUAAUAUUAUGGGAAUAAAGUCAAAAUAUCAUUGGAAUUAAAGUCAUAAUAUUACAAAAAGAACAUUUCAGAAGAUUAUUUAAGAAUAACGAUGAAAUAUUUGGAAAAUUAAAACAAAAGGUGCACACUAAUAAUAAGUGUUCUCACCUGUAUCACAUUUUUUUCUUAGCAUAUUACAAAAUACAAAAGUUGCCCUUGCAUCCUUUCAUUUUUCAGUAUGUGGCCUUCGUGGAAAAAGUUUGGACACCCCUGGUCCAGUUGCUAUAAUGAGAGCGUUUACAAUACGUAGCUUGGAUUUACAUGGAGUUCCCAAAGGAAUUGCAAAGUAUGGAUGUGCAUAUGACAGUACGGUAGUGGUGGACAACAAGACACGGGAGAAAGGCUGCAAAAAGGCCAUUUUCAAUGCAGCUUGAUGGUUCUUGCUGUGUUUGCACAUGUGCUUACUGUUUACAUUUGCUGCAGUGUUUGUUCCUGCGUGCACACGUGCAGCCCAGAUCCACCGACUCCUUAACACAAUCUUGGAUUUAGAUGCACGCACACACUCUUUGACAGGACGCACGCUCGCUAAUCCAUGACGACUACCUCGUGCGUAUGCAUCUAUAGCAUCACCUGCAGCCACGAGCGACACAGCAAUGCAUACUAAACAGACGGGCUAAGAAUGAGGGAGAUGAAGGAGACAAGCGAGAUGGAGGUAAAGAUGGAUGGAGGGAUACAGGAGGCGAGGUUUUGUAAGGCCUGAGAGAUCUGUAAUGAGAUCUCUAUGAGAUGCGGCACACCUGGAUAAUAGCUGGAUUACAGACAAAAGGCAUGUGAAGGCAUUAGGCUUUAGACAAAAACUUAUGACGGUGUCGGCCGUGUUUUUUUUCCUGCACACCUUGAGCUACUUUUCUGCAGCAUCUAGUGGAAUUUACCACGGUUGGCAACAAUUCACAGCGACCUAAGCAUUUUUUUUCCUCAGUAUUCAACAGCAGUGUUGACCUAGCGUUAGCAUGUUAGCUUGUAUAAGCGCGUGAGUCACAAGCUGCUGCUGAGUGGAGCCACAGCACACAUUUAAACAUCAGAGCAGUCAACAAACCCUGGGCUAUCGCUGUGUGGCCAUGUUUAUUUAUGCGCCUUGACACCCACCAUCUCCAACACACACACACUUACAGUAUACACACACAAAGUACACAAUAAGCUCGCACACAAACAUGGUAAGUGCAUCAGAUGUACAUUUAAAGGGCAAGGCUGUCGAUAUUGUGUAUUUUUUAACAUGAAUUCAGGACAAGACAUGGAGAUCAGCGGUUCCCAAACUUUUUACAGUCCCGUACCCCUUCGGACAUUUGACCUGAAGCCAUGUGCCCCCUACUCCUGCACACUUAAAAAACACACAUUUUUCUAUCUUAAUUAACUUGAAAUAUUGAACACAAUUAAUUGGUAUUACUUUCAUAGUAAUUUUGGGUCAAAAUUGUGUAUUUUGCACGGUCACAUUUUGGAUUACGUUUCACGUGAGCACUAAUAAAUACAUGAGUAAUCACCCAACACAUCUUUUACGAAUAUUGAACACAUUUUAUGGUUAUUUUAAAGUAAUUCUGGGUCAAAAUGUGUAUUUUGCAUAGUCACAUUUUGCAUAACGUUUCACAUGAGCACUGAUAAAUAGAUAAGUAAUCAUCCUACAUGUCUUUUAUUCCAGUUAGAUUUUGGCAUUCUUCCGUCUGAAUGGCUUGAAUUUGAGCGUCACUUUUUUUGUCCACUGACAAUGGCUGUGGUUUCAAUCUGCAUAAUAAUUUAUUACCAUUUCGAAGGGGAAAGUUUCACAAUCCAGACGAAGCAGCAUCCGAAGUGCAAAAAUACACACAACAGACGAUAAAGCCCCACUCACAGUGACAGGUUGUCGCCGCUGCACCGUGCGGGGUUUGGAACGCCAAUAUCAAUAAAAUCAUGGAGAUUAAACACUAUUAAAGCACAAAAUAAUCAUCAAACUUACUUAUUUGUUCAUAAGAUGCACACAGAGCAACAUCGUGUGCUGUGUCCUUCCUUUUUUUCUGCUUCGUUCUCGAUUGCGCCGUGAGGCAUUCAGGUCCACUAGUAAUUGAGAACGUUAGGCGCUAAUUGUUUUAAAUGUUUAUUCACGUACCCCUUAGUAGCACCCCACUUUGGAAACCGAGGCAGUAGAGCAUUUAGUCUCCUCAUAUUACAUAUUUUUAAUUCUUUAUUCUCAUAGUUUUUCCCAUUUUAUUUUGGUAAAACUAACACUUUUUCUUCAGCUUUUUUUUUUUUUACUAGCAAUCUUACCAUUUUUUUCUAGUCUUGUGGUUUUAUGAUUAUCGUUUUUCACUUAAAAAGGGUUUUAUCCCAAUAUCAUGACUGUUUUCCUUUAUUAUUCGCUAGAGUUCCUCCAAUCCAUGCCGAUACUUGCUCUAUAACGUCGAUCACGUUCGCCGAUCAGCUCCGCCCACCUUGCAACAUUCCAGCCUAUAGCAACCACUCCCGCUCACUUUCCCAAAACAAGCAUGGCUGCCAUGUGGGACUUCCUGUCGUCGUGAGGGUGAUACACAUUUUGCACCCUGCAAAACAUGCUACAAAAAGGGGGUGGCGCUUUAAAAUCCUUUACUUUGGUUCGGCAUUUGGGGGGCGGGCACUUGGCGGGGUACGGUGAGUUAUCGAGGCUGGCGAUGUGGUCAUCGGUCCGGGCGGCGGCUAAUGCAGUGGCCAUGUGUGCGUGGCAGUUGGAGGUGGAUAGCCCGAAAAGUGGUUGGAUUCGUUGGACUGCCUGGGGGUCCUGCUGGAGCGCAAUCAAGCUGAUGUUGCAUCCAAAUUCUCCUAAAAGAAGGCGUCUGAUCCUCUAAGUUUCACAGGUGAUUUUGAAAAAACACCCUUACCCCCCUCCCCUCGUUCCCAUCUCACCUCUCCUCCCCGUUGUGCUUACAGACGAAGGGAGUUAUGCAGUCCUUCCGUGAGCGCUCCGGUGGUUACCACAGCAACCAACCCUGCUACCAGCAGGAGCCCCAUGAAUUAUCACGCCUGGAGACGUACCGACAACACCCGCAUCAUGCCCAUCCUCAGCUACCCCACCCAGGUCCUGGUCCACAUCCAGGCCCGGGCCCGGGGCAUUCGAGGUCAGCCUAUGAGGCCCGUUCACUCGUAAACACUGCAAGUAUGUCUACAAGUGCGGGAGCAGUAACAGGAGGAGCACCUAAGGAUUGUUACAACCAGCACCAAGCCUACCCUGGCUACCCAGGAAAUGGUGGCGGGAUUGGUAAUGGAGGUUCUACACCCUCGCAGGCAAAGAAACCUUACAGAGGAAGCAAAAUUCCUCUGCCAAAUUCCAGUCUACAGAGUCAUGGGGGCUACAGCAACCACAUGGGCACUGGGACCUACUCAGCUCAGUAUAUGAGUGGAGGCCACCUCCAGCAGAAAUGGGAGGAUCCAGCUCAGAUGACACAGUAUGAGCAGGAGAUGGUUGGUCGCAUAGAGGCUGGCGGUCCCCCAGCCCCUAACUCCUCACAGUACAUGGACCAGAACAUGCUGGGCCACUCCCAGGCCCAGUGCCACCAGCCCUCUACCCAACCCUAUUCCAGCCCCCAUCACCAGUCACAUCCAAGUAACCCUUCCCCCUCCCCAUUAAUGUACCCACAAGGUCACCUGCACUACCCCCAACCUUCCCCUUCACCUUCACCUUACAUUGAAAAGUGUAGCCCCAUGCCCCAUUGUUAUAAAGGCUAUAACAUCCCCCCGACCUCCCAAUAUGGCAGACAAAUGAGCAGUCACACUAACCUGAAGCAAGGAGCCUACAGGACAUCCCAGAGCAGUUAUAACUACCAACACUCAAGAGGGUAUGAGCAACAGCCCUCGAUGCAACCCAUAAGUAACUCCCAGGAGUCCCACCCAAAAUACCAACACUUCAGUCAACCACAACAGAACUACUGCCUUUCAGAACUCUCUGUGAGGUCCCCAGAACAGUAUUAUCAAACAUGUAGCCCCUCUUCAAGCCACUCUCCCGCACGCUCAGUAGGACGUUCCCCUUCAUACAGCUCCACCCCUUCACCAUUAAUGACCAAUCCAGAGUCAUUCCAGUAUGGACAACCGCCCAUGACCCCAGGGGCGGCCUCAUCGUCGUCCUCCUCUUCAGCUGGCAUGCAAGAACAAGGUGGGUCCACUGCUAUGUUGUUACCCCCUCGAUCACACCCUUCACCCAAUGUGCCCCACACCGCCCCGCACAGCUUCACAAACACACUGCAGGGACCUACCAUGAAGGAGCGCUUCUCAGAGAAGCUGCUGUCAAACCCCAGUUUGUGGAGCCUGAACGCCCUCACCUCUCAGGUAGAGAACAUAUCCAACAAUGUCCAACAGCUGCUGCUUUCAGAGGCCCUGGUGGCCAACAAGAAAUCCACUAAGCGAAACAGUGGGGGAAGCAACAGCAGUUCUGGAAGUGCAGCGUCGUCCAAAAAGGGCGAGGAGUACAAAAGUCCGUAUCCAGAAAGUGUUCUAAGUGGAGGUCCUGUGCAGGACCUUUACUCUACUAUACAGCAUCAGCCAAUGCCUAUGGAACUACACGAGGGAGGCUACUCCAGCAGUAGCGAUGAGCAACUGGAGAGGGGCUUCUACCAUAGCAGCCAGGGCAGGAGUCCAGCUCAGCCUCCUAACAACACCCAUCUUAAUGUGGACACAACAUCUUCCUGUUCCAUGACAUCUCCAGAUGAUGUGUCCACCAGGUCUGGAGACUCAGGUCUGCACACCUUUACUCCAGACCCAAUUCGAUGUCAGUCAGUACAAGGAGGAGAUGCUACUCCAGUGAAGAGUGUUGGUGAUGAGAGGUCUCCUAUAAGCGUUACAAUACCCAGUCCUAUAAAACAUGACAACGAUUCAUCUUCAGAUUUACAGCAUAUCAAUGAACCCAUUAAGGAGAACUUUGAGGAAUCUGCCUGGACAGAGAAGUCAGCAUACACAGAGACUAAAGAAAAUACUAUUGAUUAUGAAAGAGAUGUUGACUUAACUAAAACUAUAGCGAAAGAAGAGAAAUGGUCAGAUGGUGACAAAUUUCACUACAGCCUAGUAAACAAAGGGGUGGCAGAAAAGGACUUUUGCUAUGUGGACGCUGCAUAUGAAGGGGUCCAGAGGAAAUAUGACCCAGAUUCACUUGAGCAGUCCCCAGCCACCUGCUCUGACUCAAGCCACAAUUUUGGCCAAGAGAUGAAGGAAGAAGCAUACAAAUCAGAGUCCUCAGUUGCUUCUGAGAGCUCUCUGAAAACAUUGCCUUUUAUUCCUGCCAGUGACCUUGAACAGGAUCAAUACACUGAAAAGGAGGACAGCUCAGACACCCCUCAAAUUGAGGCUUUGGAAGAGAAAAAAUCCAACAAUACAGAGAGCAGAGAAAUGGUCAAGCAAGAGGAACGGGAAGCAGAAGCUGAUAAACAAGAAGAAGAGUUAGAGGAACGAAAGCAACAUCCGCUGUCUCCUCCCCUGUCUGAUAAAGUGACAAAGGAACUGGAGGAGGAGAACAUUAGCCAGUCCUUGACUUCUGAGCUCAUGAAUAAUAGACAAGGGUCUGAGAAACCUUCUAGUGACCUUUGCAUCAGGACAGAGAAUCAAAGGGCUGAGCUCCAUAGCGACAACGAGCUUGCAGGAGUGCCCGCUCAUCCAAAUGUGGCAACAGAAGCCCCGGAUGCUUCUUCACGAGAGUCAGGAAUCGGUGACACCGCUCCGCAGCCCCAAUCCGCUAUGCCAGUCUUCUCAGCUCUGAACGAUAAAACAACAGCAAUUCCAUCUCAGUCCAGGGAUCACAUUGAUCACAGUGACGCCAAAGUGCUGGAGCCAGACUCUCCUCAGCUGCCAGGGAAGUCAAUACUUCCCUCAGCCCCCUCCUGGGCAGACACGCCACCCUCCCCAAAGAAAGGGGAUGAGGACAUGGAGCCGGGCAUCAGCUGCUCCAGUGCUGUGACCCCAUUGGCCAAGCCAGAGCCCAUGGUCCCAUCUGCUCAACCGAGGGCAUUUGGACGUAAGCAUGCAAGGGGGAGAAGGAGAAUGAUGCAUUCAGGUGCAGCAAUCAGGAGACAGCUAAGCUCGGAAAGGGAGGAAGACAAAGAGGAAGACCCUUUGGCUUUGCAGAAACCUUGCAGGCCUCCAAGCAAAACUAUGUUAUUCUCAGAUCAGACUGACCUCACCGAUCAGGAAUCAAUAGUCAGCCAGAUGCCCAAAAUGCUAACUGAAGCUUUUAGUUCCAGAAUGUGCACACGCUCAUUCAAUGCAGUGGACCUACCAUCCAAAGUGGAGGCUCAUUUGAAGAGGAAACCAGGCCCAAAACCGGGCCCUAAACCAGGACUAAAAAAUGCAUCUAAACCAGGGCCAAAACCUGGAGGUAAACCAGGCCCUAAACCUGGUCUAAAGCCUGGAUCAAAGCCCGGGCCAAAACCUGGACCUAAACCAGGACCAAAGGCUGUGCCAAGCACACCAGAUCCAUCAGAGAAAAUCGAGACUCUGGGGAAACGAAAACCAGGGCCAAAGCCUGGUUUAAAGAUUGGAUCAAAACCUGGCCCUAAACCUGUUUCAAAGCCGGGUCCAAAACUAGGACCAAAGCAUGGACUCAAAUCUGCAGAUGUUUUGCCACCUGCUGAAAACAUAACCAUCAAGGCCCCCGUUGGUCGUCCUAAAGGCUCAGUUUCUAAAGCAAAGCAGGUACAACAGGAAGAAGUCAGUCAGCAUUUAACAGGAUCACAAGGCAGGGGCAGGAAGAACAUCAAGUCUACAAUACCACAAGUAAACCAGGAAGAAAAAACACCAAAUGGCAUUAAAGCACAAGAAAAUGAAAAUAAGAAUAUGAUCUUGAGGUCCAGGAAACCCUCACAGGCAAAAGCAGUGAAAGAGAAGGAGAAAAUCAUACACAAAGAAAGUCUAACACCAGCGCUCACAGAAAUUGAAACAGUAGAUAUUUGUCUGAAAAGAGGGGAGUGUUUAACUGUUGAACAACCUCCAGAUAUCGUCACAAAGAUAGAUCCAAUUCCAGCAGAACAUACCCCAUCAGUUCUAAGUGAAAAUACAGAAGAAACAACUAUGCUUCCACUAAAAUGUCAAUCACCCAUGGACACUUCAACCAUACCUGUAAAGAAGAAGAGGGGUCCAAAGCCUAAACCAAAACCACUGCAAUCUCAAACAGCGCUGGUGGAACAAAUUUUUUCCACAUCUAAAGAGGGAGAUGUUCAAGGCUCCAGAAGAAAGAGAGAACCACCUACAAAAGAGUCUGAGGUCCACCACCUACCCAAACAGACACCCCUUAAUGUCAAUGAAACAGAUAUUAGUGACAUGCCUGUAGUGCCUCCUCAAUGCCCCACUAAAACGAAGGUUCUCCCUCCACGUAAGGGCAGAGGACAGAAAUAUGAAGCAAUGGUGCAGAAAAUUACAUCGCCUAGCUCCAAGAAAUACCUCCAAACGCCUCAGAUAGAAAUCAAUCUCAAUGACGAGGCAACAACAAAGGAAUUCUCUUUGCAUGUUCUCAAAGAGGGGGAGACUUCUAUUCCUUUUAAUGGCACAGAAAUUAAUGAAAGUGAAGUGAAAAGCAGACAAGAGUGUGAGAAACUUCUAGAAGGGGUCCCAAGGAAGGAGGUCAAACAAGAGACUGAGAAGCAGGAAUUGAGUCAAGAUGCAUCAUUACCAAAUGAGUUGAGAGACACAGUAGUUGAAGAGGGUGUCACUAUUGACAAUACAAUACAAGAACACCAUAAACACAAUAUCCGAAGUCCAAUGGAGGCACAAGUAGACCUUGGCUGUCGAGAAGAAUGGACACAACAGGCACAAGCACUUUUAUCUGCAGAUGUAUCCAUAACCAAGUCCUCUAAGAGGAAGCGAUGGGCAAUGGUGGAAAGUACAGAUGCUUCGAUUGUCGCUUUGGAAGCAGACAACCUAAUAGUCACAACACCAAGACUUGCCAAGCAGAGGGCUAUCAAAAACAACCACGAGAUGCACUUAAAGCAGAAGAGGAAGCGAAAAGGUCCACUUGCAUCAGAAGAAACAGAGGCAGCCAAAGAGAUCAAAGUUGAAACUGCAGAGGAGACGGUAAAGGAGGUGAUAGCAUACUCAGAAUCCACACUGCCCAAUAGUCCUGAUGAUAUCAAAGAAUGCCCCGACAUUGGGAGUACAGAGGUUGUGCAGAAAUCCAGAAGAGGGAGAAAGCCAUCUACAAAUCCAGCUAAGCGGAAACGGGGGAAAUCCUUACCCGAAGAGACUUCUGACAAGCCAGUGAAAGUCUACAAAAAGCCCGGGCCAAAACCUGGAAUGAAGGAUGCUUUGGAGGUCAUUGAGGCGGUGGUUAGGGCUGCUGGGUGCGAACAGGCUGAAAAAGAGAAGGGACAACAUGAGGGUGAUGUAGGAAAGUGUGAAACAGAGGACAAAGACUGUCUACGGGGUCCUGUGGUGACAAUAUCAGAGAAACACAGUGAGACUAUUUCUGUGAAGAGAAUCCGAAGCAAGCCAAUCCAACAACACCGUAUGUCUUUCUGUCCUUAUGUGCGGAUCAACAACUCCAGAGACUUUUCCGCUUGGUGUGCCAUAGUCAACAAGCCUGAGGACGCACAAGUUUUUCAGAGACGGAGAAAAAAGGGGAUUCUUCGAAUGAGGAAUCCUUUCACAGUUGCAAAGGUGGUGCCGCACACUGCUGCCAUGCUGCAAGGACCCUCGGUCAAACCGGAUCUUAGUGGGAGGCAUCUGACGUGUUGCCUGUGUGGAAAGCCCUCAAACUACAGAGAUCUGGGCGAUUUGUGUGGACCUUAUUACACAGAAGAUGGAGUUCCUCGGAAAAUGUUGACCACACAACCCUACAGGGAAAUCACAGAGAAUCGUGAUGAAGUUAGUGCCAGUGAGGAACCAGCCACUUCCUCACAGACCGAAGAGAAAGAAAGCAAAACAGAAGUAUCACCUCAAGAAGGGAGGAGACAAAGGCAUCAUCACUGGCCAUACAGACGACCAGAGAGAAGAGAAAGAACGUGUCUGGAGGGUGUUCCUCGAAGAUUAACACUCAGAGAGAGGUUAAAGAGGAUGAAGCAGGUCCAGGUCGGCCAUUCGAACGACCAAGAGGGCUUGUUCCAAAGGCUUCAACAGGAGGCAGAGGCAGGGGAGCAUUGGGCCCAUGAAAACUGUGCAAUCUGGACCAAGGGGGUGAUUAUGGUAGCCGGGCGGUUAUACGGACUCAAAGAGGCUGCCAAUAACGCCACGCAAACGAACUGCGACAAGUGCCAGAUUGCGGGGGCAUCCCUCAGUUGCUGUUGGAAAAGCUGCUGUCGUAAAUACCACUACAUCUGCGCCAAAGAGAUAGGCUGCACAUUCCAUGAAGAUGACUUCUCCAUCAAAUGUCCCAAACAUGAGGAUUUGUAAGACUACCAGGACCUCACAAGCGAGAUAAACGCUGUCCUAACAGCCACCUAAUGCUAUAAAAAAAUGGCGAUGACGAACAGACACGCGCCCCGAGGUGGAGCUCUGGGCUUAGAGAGAACACAGAGAGGCAAGAUGCUCCUCAAGGACUCUGGAAAGUGUUCUGGACUGGACCCCCAGGAAGGAGCAGUCGCGUGCAUUCGGGAGGCAGAGCAUUGUGGGGCUGUUUGAAAUGCAGAGUGAGGAGCGUGUGCUUGCUAUCAUAUUCCCACACCUGGCUGACAGCGAUUGGACAGGCGCAUCCAUCUGUCCACCUUGUCUGCAGGCCAAGAGAUGUGUGUCUGUGUGCGGGCGUGUAUGAUCUUCAUUCAGGAGUGUCCCUCCGCAGCCACGCUGCGCAUCAUUAAUACAAGAUGUGGUGCACUGGAUGUGAAACUAAACUGGAACACGAAGAUGCGCUCGGAUGUACAUUACCAUCACUGCGCCACCAAUGUCAAACUUCUUGUAAAUAUUUUAAAAAAAAAUUAAAAAAGACCAAAAAAAAGUGUACAAAUACGUACAAUAGACGCCAUCAUCUUUACAUUACAGGCUCUCACCACAUAUCUUCUGUACAGUGUUCAAAAAUGGCCAUGGUGUAUACUGACUGUCCAGUUGAGAGAAUCAUACCACGUGUUUAUCUCCAAUGUAGCCUCUCACUGCGCCGCGCUGCGUGACGACACCCCGCACAAGGUGUCUGCUCAUGCGAUGGUCCAGGUGACAUAUUUACAAGCGUAAAAGAAGAAGAAGAAAAAAAAACGCCUCAUUCUUUUCUGACGCUCGUUAUUUAAUGGUGUAUAUAAGUAUUUGAUGAUGCUGUUUAAAUGUAAGAUGUGAUGUACUAAUAAUAAUUGUGUAUAGUAUUUCCUAGAGAUGUUUAUUUUCUAUAAAAUGGAAUAUGUUAUUGCUUAUAAAAUAUUAUUAAAAGAAUCCAUUGAUGAAUAUCCUCUUUUGGGAAAUGUCGCCCAUUUUAAGUUAUGAGCAUGCCUUUUUCUUUCUUUAUUUUCAUGGACUCGGUGACACAGCAUCACUUUGUUUGACAUGUUUUUUGUACCGCCGAUGUUUAAAAAAUAUAUAUAUACCAGCACCUUCCAA